GUGGAUGUGGGGCUGUUGCAGCACAAGCUGUCGCUACAGAAGCGCAGGCCCUCAGACACCGCUCUUGGUCGUGCGUCAUAGUGCCAGAUGACCAGCGCAGGCCCCACGUGCUCUUAUUCGUCGCAGAUGAUGUUGGUUGGGCGGGCAUAGGUGCCCACCGAAAAGGUCGAAACCCGGCGGAGGUACAGGGAAAGGCGGAGACACAGACUCCCAACUUAGACGCUCUGAUCCAAGAGGGCGUUCUGCUGGAGAGGCACUACGCAUCCUCAAAAUCUGGGCCAUCCAGGUGUUCUUUGCUAAGUGGUCGUCUGCCUAGUCGCUUCCCGCCUCUACCCGACGGCCUUUCGACGACCCAGUUGUUCUGGAAUCCGCAAGACAAUGUCUCCGGCUUCUACGGCAUUCCGCGCAACAUGACGGGCAUCGGCAGCAAGUUGAAGCAAGCCGGCUAUGCGACGCAUUACCUAGGCAAGUGGGAUGCCGGCAUGGCCACACCGGAACACACGCCACUCGGUAGAGGCUUUGAUUCCUUCCUGGGCCAUUUGCAAUCGGUCGCAGACUACUGGUCAAGAGACCAUGCACAGGAGAAGUGGCUGUUGGAUGUCUGUUUCAACAAGUUUCAGGAUUUCUCCCUGUACAAUGCAACCUACCGCGGCGGCGUGGGGCCGACCAUGGCUGCCGAACUGGGCUGCAAUGUUCCGGUGAGGAACAAGUCCUACACCAUGGUAGGCUGCGACAAAGAUGAUCCGGAUGAGUGUUUGCCUGAGAGCUGCUACGAAGAGGCCAUGCUUCUGGAGUAUGCAUUGAAGCUCAUCGAGGAUCAUGAUCCCUCUACGCCCUUGUUUCUCACGUUCGCUUCGCAGCUUGUGCACACUCCCCUAGAGACGAGAAAGUCUGCUCUAGAAAUGGAAGACCGAGUUCAGGAAGCCUUUGCAAAGACAGGGGUAGACCGGAAGUUUGCAUGGACCUCGCGCCGCAAGCGGAUAUCGGCAGACCUGCGUUACUGUGACUUUAUCGUGGGGAGGCUUGUUGAAGCUUUGAAGAGUCGGCAUAUUUAUGACGACACGCUUAUCGUCUUCAUUUCCGACAAUGGCGGGGCUGUCCAUUUGAGAGCUGCAGGGAAUAACUACCCGCUUAGGGGUGGAAAGUUUGCAGAGUGGGAGGGAGGAAUCCGCACAAACGCGUUUAUCUCUGGCGGCUUCGUCCCACCAAGGAUUCGUGGCAGCAGCUUUGAUGGUGUGAUCCAUAUUUCAGAUUGGUAUGCCACUUUGUCCAGCCUCGCAGGGGUCAGCCACUUUGACGAGGCUGCGGCCAAGGCCAACGAAGAGCUAAGUCUCAAGGGUUUGCCGCUCCUGGGUCCUGUGGAUGGCCGGCCACAGAUGCAGAACAUACUUUCGGGCAGCAAUGGCCGCCCUGACACGCUGCAUCUAAGCAAGGAGACACUGCUCAAGUGGCCCUACAAGCUGAUUACGGGCAAGCAGGAGUACAGCCUCUGGACUGGGCCUGUAUUUCCGAACUGCAGCAGUAAACGUCCCAGUUUCGCUUAUGUAGAUGUUCUCGGACACAAGCUCCGAAUCGACCAUAACGAGACCCGGUACUGGCAUGAUGCAAUGGUCGUAGACUGUGGCAGAGGCUGUCUCUUCAACGUUGACGUUGAUCCCGGUGAGCACAGCGACCUAGCCUCCCACGCAGAGUAUGCGGCUCUGCUGGCAAGCUUGCAGGAAGAGCUCCAGGUACUGAACUCGGAGGCUUCAAAAGCAGACCAGGGUGCGCCCACAAUUCGGGCCUGCUUGCAGGGGAUGUGGAACGGCGGCUUCAUAGGUCCGUUUGUUGAUGUCGAGGGUUUCUACACCAGCGUGCAUGUCCCAGAUUCGCAAGAACUGGAGCAUUUCAAACAG